AACAAACAGAAUAGGAUGAAAUGUAACAAUACAGAAGACAACGUCGUACCUGCUUAAAGGAGCCGUGAUCGAUGUGAAACCUCCAACCAACUCGUCGCUUAGGUAAAGGAAACGCUUUCUUACCGGGAUUUUGAAAAGAAAACAGGAAAAGUGGUGGCAAAAACUAAAUAAACUGGAGAUAAAAUAAGUGUGGACUCUAGACGUUAAUGAAAGUAAAGCAGACAGUAUUAGACAGGAUAAGACUCAGAGGGAUCAAAUGAUAAAGAUGUUGUAGAAGAUGAGAAAUCAGGAUAAGAAAAUCUGCCAAUUAGAACCAGCUGGCCAAGAGCUCCUUUAAAGUGGACCCUCGAAUCGGAAUGGCUUGAUUUUGCAGAGUGAAAGGGGAACGUUUUAAGCAGGAUUCUUGCUACAGAAGCAGAAGAAAGUUUACUGCAUUUGAUUGGGAAACUGCGUUCUAUGAAACAGCUGAUUUUCGCUGUCUCUUUAUCCGCCGACGGGGCCACCUGUUUUGUAUCGGAUUUUAUUCACCAUGUCCAAAGUGAUACAGAAGAAGAACCACUGGACCACCAGAGUUAACGAAUGCACAAUCUGCAAAGACGCUUGUGGCGAGCUGAAUGUGGAGUUGCUCGGAGGCGCGGAGGAUGGAGAGUUUCCGUACAUCGGACAAGUUAAGGAAGAUACAGUGGUUUACAAAAAUGGUAGAUUGACGCAGGGGGAAUUAAUACUGGAAGUGGAGGGUCUCUCGGUGUCUGGAUUGCCCCUCUAUGACGUGCUGACAGUGAUGAAGAACUGCAAGGGUCCCAUCAGGUUGAAAACUGUCAGACAAGGAAACAAACUCAACAAGGAUCUGAAGCACUAUCUGAGCCAGAGGUUUCAGAAAUCGUCCCCGGACCACGAGCUCCAGCAGACCAUCAGAGAUAACCUGUACCGCCACGCUGUGCCUUGUACAACCCGCCCCCCACGUGACGGAGAGGUCCCUGGGGUAGAUUACAACUUCUUGUCAGUAGAGGAUUUCCUGAACCUUGAACAGACUGGGACUCUUCUUGAAAUAGGAACAUAUGAAGGUAACUAUUAUGGUACACCCAAGCCGCCCAGCCAGCCCCCCAGUGGGAAAGUGACUGCCAGUGAUGCUUUGCAAGACAGCCUCCCUGGCUCUCAGCACUCCACACCCAAGCGCUCCAAGUCCUACAAUGACAUGCAAAAUGCUGGAAUAGUGCCUGCAGAAAACGACGAUGAAGACGAAGUCCCUGAAAUGAACAGUAGCUUUACAGGAGAUUCGAGUGAACCAGACGAGCACCCCGCCGUGCGACCAUACCCCUCCCGAGAGAACGCCCCCUCCUACGGUCUCAACAACGCCUCGUCGUCAACCACGGACAGCUCCCAGCAGACUCACCCCCACCUUCACCCUCCCGAAGAGGACCCGCUCGGACCUCUGCCUGACAACUGGGAGAUGGCUUACACCGAGAAUGGAGAGGUCUACUUUAUAGACCACAACACAAAGACGACAUCCUGGAUCGACCCUCGGUGCCUGGAGAAGCCCCAGAAACCACUGGAGGAGUGUGAAGACGAUGAAGAAGGCGUACACACUGAAGAGCUGGACAAUGAGCUAGAACUGCCAGCUGGAUGGGAGAAAAUAGAAGACCCAGUGUAUGGGGUGUAUUAUGUGGAUCACAUAAACAGGAAGACUCAGUAUGAAAACCCCAUACUGGAAGCUAAACGGAAAAAACAACUCGAACAGCAACAGCCACCAGAAGGUGAGCGGUACAUUCGAGAAUGGAUAGAAGAGCACUCCUCUGCCGGAGCUCCACUCGCUAGCUACGCCACCAACCACCAAGAGACAUACCGGGACCCACAGGCAGCCCCCCCACUGCCACCCCCACUAGGGGCAAAACGAGGAAAACCCUUCUUUACCCGGAACCCUGCCGAGCUGAAGGGAACCUUCAUCCACACCAAGCUGAAGAAGAGCAGACGAGGGUUCGGAUUCACAGUGGUGGGCGGGGAUGAGCCCGACGAGUUCCUUCAGAUCAAGAGUCUGGUUCUGGAUGGGCCCGCUGCGCUGGAUGGGAAGAUGGAGACUGGUGACGUGAUUGUGAGUGUGAACGACACCUGUGUCCUGGGGUAUACACACGCCCAGGUGGUGAAGAUCUUCCAGUCCAUUCCCAUCGGCUCCAUGGUAGACCUCGAGCUCUGCCGGGGUUACCCCCUGCCCUUUGACCCCGAUGACCCCAACACCAGCCUGGUGACAUCAGUGGCCAUCCUGGACAAGGAGCCAAUCAUCGUCAAUGGGCAGGAAAGCUACGACUCGCCAUCCAGUCACGGCAGCCAGACGGGCAACAGCGUGAAUGGUGCCAAGGAGCCGCGCCCGUACAGCCCCUCAGCCGAGGUGGCGUCCAAUGGCUCUCACACCUACCCGAGCGAUGUGGUGACGCUAGCGUCCUCCAUCGCCACCCAGCCUGAGCUCAUAACCGUCCACAUGGAGAAGGGGGACAAGGGCUUCGGCUUCACCAUUGCCGACAGCCCAGCUGGCGGGGGCCAGAGGGUCAAGCAGAUCGUGGACUACCCCCGCUGCCGGGGCCUGAAGGAAGGGGACAUUAUCGUGGAGGUGAACAAGAGGAACGUUCAGAGCAUGACCCACAAUCAGGUGGUGGACAUGCUGAGCAAGUGCCCCAAAGGAAGUGAGGUGACCAUGCUGGUGCAGAGAGGGGUGGCGCCGGCGAAGAAGAGCCCUAAGCUGCAGCAGUUGGAGAGGAAGGACAGCCAGAGCAGCUCCCAGCAUAGUGUCUCCAGCCACCGCAGUACGCGCACCGACUCGCCCAUACACCCGGCCCAGGCCCUGCCCAGCGAGAGCGCCGCGCCCCCGGCCCCCACCCAGCCACUGCCCGGCCUGCCCCCCCAGGAAUCAGGAGACGGCACCACUCAGAAGAAGCCAGACCCCUUCAAAAUUUGGGCCCAGUCUAGGAGCAUGUAUGAAAGUAGGCUGCCCGAUUAUCAAGAACAGGACAUCUUCCUGUGGAGAAAGGACACUGGCUUUGGAUUCCGAAUACUUGGAGGAAAUGAGCCCGGAGAGCCAAUUUACAUUGGUCACAUCGUGAAGUAUGGGGCAGCUGACGAAGAUGGGCGGCUGCGGUCUGGGGACGAGCUCAUAUGUGUGGAUGGGACAGCCGUGGUGGGGAAGUCCCAUCAGCUGGUGGUGCAGCUCAUGCAGCAGGCGGCCAAGCAGGGUCAUGUCAACCUGACCGUCCGCCGCAAGACCGGAUACGGAGUGUCCAAGGGCGACGGCGACGUGCCGCCGUCCCCGGCCUCGUCCCACCACAGCAGCAACCAGGCGCCGUCCCUGACGGAGGAGAAGCGCACGCCGCAGGGCAGCCAGAACUCGCUGAACACGGUGAGCUCGGGCAGCGGCAGCACCAGCGGCAUCGGCAGUGGCGGCGGCGGCGGCAGCGGGAGCGCCGUGGUCAGCACCGCCGUGCAGCCCUACGACGUGGAGAUCCGCCGCGGCGAGAAUGAGGGCUUCGGCUUCGUCAUCGUGUCCUCCGUCUCCCGCCCCGAGGCCGGGACCACCUUUGCUGGAAACGCAUGUGUGGCCAUGCCCCACAAAAUAGGUCGCAUCAUCGAGGGGAGCCCAGCUGACCGCUGCGGCAAGCUGAAGGUCGGCGACCGCAUCUUGGCCGUCAACGGCUGCUCCAUCACUAACAAGUCUCACUCGGACAUCGUCAACCUGAUCAAGGAGGCUGGGAACACUGUCACGCUGAGGAUCAUUCCUGGAGAUGAGUCCUCCAAUGCAUCACUGCUGACCAAUGCGGAGAAGAUUGCUACAAUCACGACCACACACACAGCUCAACAGCAAGCGGCACCCGAGCCAAGGAACAAUACAAAACCAAAACAGGAGUCAUUUGAAUUCAAAGCCCCGCAAGCACCUCCACCACCAGCUCCGACACAGGUUCCAGCCCAGGAGGCAGAGUUCUAUUCAGUUGAUCUUGAACGGGACAAUAAAGGUUUUGGCUUCAGUCUUCGAGGGGGACGUGAGUACAACAUGGACCUGUACGUCCUAAGGCUAGCGGAAGAUGGGGCAGCUGUCCGAAAUGGCAAGAUGCGGGUCGGAGAUGAGAUCCUGGAGAUCAACGGGGAGAGCACCAAGAACAUGAAGCACGCCCGUGCCAUCGAACUGAUUAAAAACGGUGGGCGGAGGGUGCGCUUGGUCCUCAAGCGAGGGGACGGCUCCGUGCCCGAAUAUGACGCCAGCAAUGACGGCUACAGUCCCGCCGCCGGUACACAAAAUGUUUCGGAAGUGAAAACCCUGCCACCAAACAGUCGAUUACAUGCAUCAUCGGAGUCCAGUUAUCCACCAGAUCUUCACAAACCAUCACAAAAUGAGGACAAGAGGACGAAGGAGGCUGCGGACAGAAGGGAACACGGCCGACACUCCAACCACCACCACCACCACCACCACCACAGCAGCAACCACGGGAGCCACGGCAACCAUUCCAAAUCCCGACACCGCUCCCCCGACAAGAAGACCACGCACAGGCGGCGAGGGAGGAGGUCGGAAGAAAGCGGCACGUCCAAACACAGCAAGAAAAGGGAGGAAAGCUCGGGCAGGAAGAGGGCGGAGCACGAGUCGCACCACCGGAGCCGGCACCACUCCCCAGAAAAGAGGCGGAGUGGGGCCAGGAGCUCGGAGAACACCCUGGACCGAAGACACGGGAGGAGGCACGACCGCUCCCCCGAGAGACGCCACCGCUACGCGUCCCCACGCCGCAGGAGCUCCCUGGACAGGUACAAAGACCCGUACAGAUCACCGGAGCGGGAACGGGACUACUCUCCCGACAGGCGCAGAGCCAAGUCCAUGGACUGGAGGCGGGACCUCUCCCCCGAGAGAGCGCGGAACAAGAUGCCGGAUAAAAUGAGCAGGGAAGAGGGCUUCCUGAGGGAGCCCUCGGCCCCGGAGCCUGUCCCCAAGCCGGAGAGCUUCCUGAAGGAGCUGCCAGUCCCUGAACACAACUCCAAGGUUGAAAGCUUCCUGAAGGACAUGCCUAUCCCUGAGCGAGCCUACACAGAGGACAGCUUCCUGAGCCUGAGGGAAGCGGAGCGCGCCGAACGCAUCUACAAGGAAGAGACGCUGCCCAGGGGCAGGACGCUCGACAGAGCCUUCAAGAACAAUCACACGCUGGGGGACGCGUCGCCUGAGAGGAGCGACAGGGAGGAGAGGUUCGCACGAGACCGAUCACCCGAGAGACGCUACAAAGCCGUUAGCCUGCCAAGAGAGUUGUCGCCCGACAGAAUCCCCAGACGAGAGGACGUGGACACGCCCAGAAUCAAGGAGUACUACAACACGUUGAAGUCUAGUUCCAGCCUCAGCUCCAAACCGUUCCCUGAGCCCAAGAGAAGGCCCUACAAAGAAAGCCACAAUGACCUCAGCAUCUGAUCGAAUGUCUCCGCUACUCUGCAGUUCUCCUCCACACAUAGCCCUUCAUAUGUGGAAAAACAUGGACCCUGGAUACUAACUUAUUGAUUUGACAUUCCUGUGUUCCCAGACAGUGUAUCAGCAGAAGUACGAUUUUUUUU